CAGUAGAAUCGAAACGGAAAGCGUCCGCAAAAGUAGAAUUGAAAUCCUUGUGCGAAUAAAGAUGUCAAACUCUGCUCUUAUAGUUGCCAUAGACUUCGGAACGACUUACAGCGGAUAUUGCUUUUGUGUGAAGGGAGAUAUUGAUAACAUCAAAUCAGUGUAUUGGGGUUCAGAAUACGGCUACAGAUCUCCGAAAACACCCACAUGCGCUCUAUUUAAUCCGGAUAGGAAACUCAGGAAAUUCGGGUAUGACGCCGUCAUCAAAUAUAAUACAAUGUCUUCAGAAGAAUCGCGAAAAUGGUAUUUCUUCGAAAACUUCAAAAUGGAACUGUAUAAUAAGAUAGUCCCAAAAGGUUUGAUGAUUCCAGACAAGAAUGGAAAACCAUUCCCAGCUCUGCAGGUUUUCUCAGAGAGUCUGCGGUUCCUGAAGGAUCAUGCCCUGAACACCAUCAGUGACCAGACAUAUUGGAGGCAGUUCAUUGCCUCUGACGUGACUUGGGUGUUGACAGUGCCUGCCAUCUGGGACUCUAAAGCCAAACAGUUCAUGAGACUAGCAGCCACUGAGGCAGGCCUGGUGUCUGAGAUGAGCUCAGAAAAUCUGAUUCUUGCCCUGGAGCCUGAGGCAGCCUCAGUGUGGUGUAAACAGCUGCCCAGGGAAGGCUUUGUGGCUGAGGGAGGAGACAACACCUUUGCUCAGACUCCAGGAGUGCAAUACAUUGCUGUGGACUGUGGGGGUGGAACAAUUGACAUCACAGUGCAUGAAGUGCAGGAAAAUUGUUCCUUGAAAGAACUCCUGAGAGCUUCUGGAGGAGGUUGGGGAGGCACAUCUGUAGACAAGGAAUUCAAAGCCUUUUUGAGAGAGACAUUUAACCUUGGAGUGUGGGACAGAUAUGAGAGAGAGCACCCUGGAGAAUUACACAAGAUGAUGUACAACUUUUCCACACAAAAAUGCAUGACAGUAGAGGAGGAUCUAUACAUAACUUGCUACUCCAAUUUAGUUAGAUGUGCACAGCAGAAGAAAGAGAUCUCUAAGUUUUUUAAGGAUGUGCAAGAAGUAUCUUGGUCAGAUGGGUGUAUCAGAAUUUCAUAUAAUAGACUGAGGAACUUCUUUAAGGGUAGUGUUAUGAAGAUAGUGAAUGAAGUAGAGGCUAUCCUGUCCAUGCCGGAGAUAAAUGUGGAUUAUAUUCUGCUUGUUGGUGGGUUUGCAUCCAGCAAGAUAUUAAGAGAGGAAAUCAGAAAGCAGUUCAGCCACAGGUGCAGAGUGAUGUGCCCCUACGACUCCCAGCUGGCCAUUGCAAAGGGUGCCAUUCUGUUUGGAAAUGACCCUAAAAUCAUUGCGUGCCGAGUCAGUGCUCUGACCUAUGGUAUUGCAGUAGCUGAAGAAUUUGAUUCUGAAAUCCAUGACUCGGAAAAGUUCAGAGAAAAUAAAACUAAAGAUUAUUUCUAUUGCGCUGAUGUUUUUGAAAAACUUGUGGAAAAGGGACAGUCUGUGGGUUGCAAUGACGUUUCAGAAUAUUUCUUCUCACCCAUAGAUGAUGACCAGUUGGCCAUGAAAUUUCAGUUUUACUGCACAGAGAAGUUAACUUCCAUGUAUGUAGAUGAAGCAGGGAUGACGAAAAUUGGCUCCUUCACUGUGCCAAUGCCAGAUCCAAGUCUGGGAAGGAAACGGAGAGUUAGACUGGAUCUUAAAUUUGGUUUGACAGAAAUACAGGCCACAGCAACUGACCUGUCAUCCAAUGAGACACAAGCUAUCAGGCUGGAUUUUUUGACUGAAUGAUUUAACUAUAUUGUUUCAUCCUGAUUUAUUGCACAAUAUUUAAAUUCCAGCAUCGGGGGACAAUUGAAGGUAAUAAUAUAUGAAAAAUCUGUAAUUUCUCUUUUGUGUUUGAACUGUUGGUUUGCUUUAUUUCUGUCAGUCCCUUUCAGCAGUUGGUGUAACAAUUUAUUAAAAUCUUAUGAACAGAA